AAGAGAAUCCCUCUUCUCUUUCCACUCCAAUACCCCUAUCAUUCUUUUUUGAUAAAAAAAAAAGGUUCUGCUCCAAAACCCACAAAACCCAAAAAGAAAAACAAAAACAUCCUAAAAAAUCCAACAACCCUUUCUAUUCCCACUCUCAACACUUCCUCCACUCUCAUUCUUUUCCAUCUAAAAAGUUCAUCAUCAUCUGAAACCAUUAAACCUUAAAAAAAUAUCCAAUGUUGUCAUCUCCAAUUCUAGUCUCCUUAGCUCUAAUCCUCUCUCUCCCACUCGUCCUCUUCUUCACCCAACAAAUCCUCCCUCAAAUCCCCUUUCCUUUCUCCUCCCCUGACGCCGAAGACCUCGCCCUCUUCCACCGCGCCACCCACAUAACCAACCACUUAUCCACCUUCACUAACCCCAAACCCAAAAUCGCUUUCCUUUUCCUCACAAACUCAAACCUCACUUUCUCUCCUUUAUGGGAAAAAUUCUUCAACAAAAACAACCAUCUCUUCAACAUCUAUAUCCAUGCCGACCCCACCUCCUCCGUAGUCUCACCUGGCGGCAUCUUCCAAAACCGCUUCAUCCCUUCAAAAAUCACCCACCGCGCCUCUCCAUCACUCAUCGCUGCCGCUCGCCGGCUCUUAGCAUCCGCCCUCUUAGAUGACCCACUUAACCAAUACUUCGCACUUAUCUCCCAACACUGCAUUCCGCUCUUUUCGUUUCAAUUCGUUUAUAACUACCUUUUUAAAAACCAGUUACAGUCGUUAGCCAAUUUCGCUGACGACUUUAACUUACGUUACCCUAGUUUCAUUGAAAUUCUCUCGGAUGAUCCAAAUCUUAAUGAUCGGUAUAUAGCUCGAGGAGAAAAUGCAAUGUUGCCGGAGGUUACGUUCGAGGAUUUUCGUGUGGGUUCGCAGUUUUUUAUUCUGAACCGGAAACAUGCAGAGGUUGUUGUGAGAGAUAGGAGACUCUGGAAGAAGUUUAAGCUUCCUUGCAUAAAUGAGGAUUCGUGUUAUCCUGAAGAGCAUUACUUUCCAACUCUUUUGUCAAUGGAGGAUCCGAAUGGGUGCACCGGUUUUACGCUGACGAGAGUUAAUUGGACUGGUUGCUGGGAUGGACAUCCACAUCUUUAUACUCCGCCGGAGGUGUCGCCGGAGCUUGUUCGUGAGUUGAGGCUGUCGAAUUCAAGCUAUUCAUAUCUAUUUGCGAGGAAAUUCUCGCCGGAAUGUCUUUCGCCAUUGAUGGAUAUUGCUGAUAAUGUGAUUUUCCAGGAUUGAAGAUAUCUCGGGCAUCUUUAAUGUGUUUGGGAAGAGAAAAACUCUAGUUGAUGUACAAUGCCAGUGUUUUAUUGAUGUGUAUAGAAAAUCUAGUUUCUUCAAUUGUAAAGUUUAGUUGGUGAUUCCUUCAAAAUGUGAAUGUCCCUAGGGUUUUAGUGUGGAUUGCAAAAACGAAAAGCUGGUCUCCGAAGGAGGCCAUCGCGCAAGUCAUUAUAUUUUAAAAGUUGCGUCCACAAGUUUCAUCCUAUGAAAAUCUAUUCUCUCUAUUUUGUGUUAGCCAAAUCUUGUGUCAAACACAAAAGGAAAACAGGCAAUAGCUAAGUUAUUGCCAUCUCCUAAAACAAAAACAAAAAUGAAUUUUGAUUUAUGAAACACUUGUUCUAAUUCAUCUUA